CAUUGCUGGGACUUCCUCUCUGGGGAAAGUGCGCGGAGACUACGCGAGCCCUUUGGGUCGCCCUGUCCAGCCCGAGUCGUCCUCCUUGCCACCCAGCCCUCCCCGCCGGCCUCCCGCAAGGAUCUUUUCCCAACCCGCUCAGAUCCCAGAAAGGGCAGGGACUGCUGGCGAGAAGGUGCUGCCAGCCGGGGGCUGGAGCCGUCAUGUGAUCAGGUUGGGCUGCAGAGGACCCCCCCCUCCUCCUCCGCACCAUGAGCAUACUGGAGGCUGGGCAGCAUCUAAGGCGGAGGCGACAGGUAGGGGCCAGGUUGCUGCCCAACCUCCUCUUCUGCCUGUUCCUCGUCUGCACCAAAGAGAGCGCUGCGCUGGCCGACUUCUCCGGUUACUUAACCAAACUUCUACAGAAUCAUACUGUGUACGCCUGCGAUGGUGAUCAUUUGAGCCUGCAGUGUCCACGACAUUCAACGAUAAGUGUCCAAUCAGCAUAUUACGGGGAAGCUUACCAAUUGUGUAAUAAACCGCAGCCUGAAGCCAUGAUGAAAGCACCCUUAAACUGUGUUGCACCUACUACCUUGCAGAAAGUGCUGGAUGAAUGCCAGGACCUGAGAGCAUGCCAACUUCUUGUGAAUAGUUGGGUUUUUGGACCGGAUCUGUGUCCAGGAAUCACUAAAUACCUCCUAGUCUCCUUUAAAUGCAAACCUACUGAAUAUAAAACCAGUUCAGUAUGUGAAAAUGAAGAACUGAAGCUCCACUGUAAAGAAUCGAAAUUCCUUAACAUAUAUUCUGCAUCAUAUGGCAGGUCUGUGCAUGAAAAGGAUAUCUGUUCCUCAAAAGUGGGACAUAUUCCCCAGUUUGAUUGCUUUUCUUAUACAGCUUUAGAAGUAUUAUCAGAGAAGUGUUAUGGGAAACAGAAGUGUAAAAUUAUUGCUAACAAUCAGAAUUUUGGAAGACCAUGCCUGCCUGGUGUGAAGAAAUAUCUCAAUGUCAGCUAUGCAUGUGUUCCAAAAUUCAUAUUUGCAGCAGUUGAUCCAAUGGUUACUAAUAUAAGUCCUUCUGGGAAGCCAAAAGAAGAUAUAAAUAUUGAUCCAAAAGAAUCAAGAUUUCCAAAAAAAGAUGGAAUUAUAGUUAGCAACAGUUUGGCUACACUUGCUUACAUUAAAGAUCACCCUGAAAGAGCUGCUCUCUUAUUUGUAUCUAGUGUUUGCAUUGGUCUAGUGCUCACGCUUAGUGCUCUGGUGAUACGUGUGUCAUGCACUAAUGACCCUGAAAAAUUGCAGAUGAGGGAGCCCUUGGUGCCUGAGAACAACAAGACUGAUGAUGAUAGCGAGGAUGAGGAAGAAGAGGAAGAGGAGGGAGGGGAAUCCUCCAGUUUAGAUUUUCCUGAUGGACUAACAGGGUUCUGCAGGACACCUUAUACAGCUCGUUGUUCUCUGGACUCAGUUGAACUUGCUGAAAGGAUAGAGCGGCGAGAACAGAUCAUCCAGGAAAUCUGGAUGAAUAGUGGUUUGGAUUCAUCUCCAACUAGGAGCCUCAUUCCAUUUUAUAUAAAUGAACAACAAUGUGUUUAUUUUGGAUAGUACAUGCUAUUAUUUGUGAAGAAUGUACCUUCUGUGAAGGAGCAUUUGCAGCUCUAUGUAAUAAUUAUUUGGAAAGAGAACUAUAUUAUUAAUAAUUAUAAUAAAAGG